UGCGAAUGCAGUUCUGGAGGGAGGCUGUGGAAGAUAUAUUCUGCGAUAACCCACCACAUCAGCCGGUCGCUACAGAACUGUGGAGGUGAUUUUUGGCAGUGCUGAAACUGUGGCCUCUCCCUGACUCUCCCUCCUUCAAAUGUGAAAUAAAGCAUAAGUGAGCAUUUGUUCCUGUCUAUCAACACUCAUGUUUAGAUUAAAAUUGGGAUUUAAACAAAUUACACUUUGUUUAACUAAGAGAAAACAUAGGUAAAGCCAAGAAGUAAAAUAAAAGAAAAGCACCUGUUACAGUCAUUUUUGAGAGGACUAGAGGUAUUCAUAGGUGUCUCCAGCUCAGAUAAAGUGUGUGCCUUAGCCACAACAAAGCAUUCGUACAGUUAGAAUGAAGACUGGCAAAUGUUGUGAGCCUUUUUACGGGAUUAUGGCAGUUGAAGAUGCACCUAGGGUGAUACUUUAAUGCAGGCAUUAAAAUGCAGAAUUGGUUGUUUUGCAUGUCAGUCUGUCGGUGCCUUUGCUUUUUAUUUCUUUCUUUCUGUCUCUCUUCCAGCGUAUGGCAAGCUUCCCAGGAGCAAGACUGUUUUCUCCCCAAAUGCUUUUGUCUCCUUUCCAAGGAGGAACUUGCUUUACUGUAGCUUAACUUAUUUUUGUUUCUGAAGAUCUCCUCUCAUUUAGUUGUCUGAUUGAGUGGGUUAGGUACAAGUUAGUUUGGGGUAUGAUUGUAUAUAUUCUCUUGACCACUUUUAAUUUCAGGCUGCUUGUGUGUGUAUCAAUGUGAGGUGUAUGUAUCAAUGCCCAACCAGUCUCUGAGCAGAGGGCCCCCUGCCAACCGCCCCCCUAGUUUUAUUGCUGAGCAUGAUGUCACAUGGUCUGGAAUAUCCCUGUGGUCAGCUGGGGUCACCUGUCCCGGCUGUGUCCCCUCCCAACUCCUUGUGCACCCCCAGCCUACUUGCUGGCAGGGUAGUGUGAGCAGCAGAAAAGGCCUUGGUACUGUGUAAGCACUGCUCAGCAAUAGCUAAAACAUCAGUGUGCUGUCAAAACUGUUUUCAGAACAAAUCCAGAACAUAGCCCAUACAAGCUACUGUGAAGAAAUUUAAGUCUAUCCCAGCUGAAACCACUACAAAGUUCAGAUAUAAAUAAUUCAGAUAUUGAGAUAACAAUUGCAACCCUUUCCAACAGCUAAGACUGCCAGUUAUACUCCUUUCUCACAAAACAGAAAAUUGAUUUUGAAGCAGAAGAAAGAAUUGGCCUAUCUCUGUGGUAAGAUUUCACCUCACAUAUGAUUUCUCUACAGGAAGACUAAUCUAAGACAAUCCAAACAGAACUGGUUGUGAAAUAAGAUGUUGAAAAAUAAUUCGGAAGCAAAUACCCCAAGAAUGACCUAUCUGAAGAGUGUGGCUUCACAAAUGUUCAAGAAUGUCAUUGCAAUUCUUAGAAAGAAGGAUUUGGAAAGACACCUGAACUCACAAGCUGUCAAGAGGCAUAACUUGACUAAAAUGUGGUUCAUGAAGAUCAUUGAUGAAAGAGAGAAGAAUUUGGAUGAUAGAGCAUACCGUAACAUCCAGGAGCUUGAAACGUAUGCUGAGAACACUCAGAGUGCUCUCUUGUACCUCACCUUGGAAGUGCUGGGUGUGAGGGACAUCCAUGCCGACCAUGCAGCCAGUCACAUUGGGAAAGCGCAAGGCAUAGUUACCUGUUUAAGAGCAACUCCGUAUCAUAGUACAAGACAAAAGGUCUUUCUUCCCAUGGACAUUUGUAUGUUGCAUGGAGUUUCACAAGAGGAUUUCAUAAGAGGCAAGCAAGAGAAAAAUAUGAGAGAUGUAAUUUAUGACAUUGCCAGCCAGGCCCAUAUUCAUCUAGAACAUGCUAGAUCUUUCAGUAAGAAAGUUCCUGUGAAGGCAUAUCCUGCUUUUUUCUGUACGGUUGCUUUAGAUGAUUAUUUAUGUAAUAUGCGAAAAGUGGACUUCAAUAUAUUUCAUCCAAGCUUACAAAAGAAAAGUACAUUAUUACCAUUGCACUUAUAUAUUAGAUCUUGGAAAAAAACAUAUUAAAGUUGUUUUUUUUUUUUAA